AUGACCAAGUUAAAGACUUUGAUUAAGAAUUUACAGACGGAGCUUAGUAUAAUAAAUGAGGCAACUGUCAAGACCCAUUUAUCCAAGGAGUUGACCAAACAACUGGCUGUUUUAGAGUACAAGAAACUUCAAUUGAUCAAACUGAAUAAACCAGUUGAAGAAAUAAGUGAAGAAAUAUCAAAUUUGUCAAGUAAUUUAAAAGUCAAACCACCUAAGAUUAAUGAAGAUUUGCACGAGAAGUUGGUAAAUAAUGAAAGCCCUAAUUUGAAUCAAUUAAGUAAUAUUAUAAAUUACUUAAAAUCCCAAAGGAUUUAUACUGAAUUAGUUGAACGUUAUAAUCCAGGAUUGGCUAUGGAUCAAGAAGAUAAAAUCAGAAGAACUGCCAAUAGGGUUGGAUUAAGUAUACCAGAAACUAAAUAA